UCUAGCGCGAGAGGGCGCGAUUUUCGCGUCAUCAUUUUCGCGUACGAAAAUGGCGACAAGCUGCUUCGGGAGCCGGUGCGAGCAAUAACGGCAAGCCCUACUUGAGUCUCCUGUCUAGGAUGGUAAACGUAUAUCAAUGGGAAUGAAAACGAUGACAUCAUCUUCCCAAUGCAUUCAGCUAUACUGCACGGUAAGCUCUUGCGACGGAGGGUCGAGAUCGGAACAAAAAUUGCACUAAAACAGUCUAUUAAUUUCUUACCUCCAUUUGAGCAUGGGAAUACUUACUGAUCUGAAGUCGAGGGGCCCAACAAUGAACAGACUUGGGCUGCAUGAGCCGUCGAAUAUCUGUGGUUCCAAGAAAGCGUGAUGGAAAUGCCGCCUUAAAAAAACCAACCCCACCUCUGCCUCUGGGCUUUGUUCUUGGCGAUCCUGCAUUCCAUUCAGACUGCAACUUUAAGCAGGAAUUGUUCUACCAACUACUUAAUUAUUCACAAAUGUGAAUUGCAGCUUUUAGAUUGACAAGAAAGAAACAAUUGAUUUAUCUCCCCCCCCCAACUGUCUUCUAACAUUUUCUAUCACCCCAAACUAACACUUUUUUUCUUGUAUGUCUGUUUAAAUAUUUUUAUUUAGACUUUAUGUAAUUUUUUCAUGAUUUAUUUAAGAAGUAUGAGCAAAAAAACAAACAAUUUGGCACAUGCAGUAGAGAAGAGAAGGAACUUAGUGUUGAAAAAGGAUACACAUACAGAUCUGAAUAUUAAAAUAAAUUUAAAAAAGAAAUGACAAAUCCACACUGACACAUGAAAGUAUUCAUUUUAUUUUUUUUCCUUGUUGGCAUUGGUUACAUUAAUUAACUCCACAUAAAAAUAUAAAUUGGAUAUUUUAACAGUAUUAAUGAAGUUGCUCAAUAAAAUUUAAAAUUAGGUAUUCUCAUUGGAGGUAAUGGUUGAUACAGAUGGGUGGGUGGACCUGCAGCCACUAGCGUACCUAUGGGGGGGGGGCAGACUGCCCCCCCGACGAGUCACAACCCAUGCAAGGGACGUAUCCCUGCCCCCCCCCCCCCCCUGAUGAGCCACCGGUGGCCCCCUCCUUUGAAGUUUAAGACCGAAAGUACGAAAUCCUUUAUUUGUGGUUGAAGACUUUUUUGCUUGUCAAAUUUUUGGGCGGACGAUUUUGCCCCCCCCCCCCCCCUGUGGAAAAUCCUAGGUACGCUACUGCCUGCAGCUCUAUUGUUUUAUUAGAUUUUCAUUUUUUAUUGCUGGGGGGGGGGGUAUUAUUUAGAGCUGAAGCCAAAUGAUCUUAUGAGGCAAUAUGAUGCAUGUAAAGUGAUUUAUUAAACUUUUGAAAUAUCAAUUAAGAACUGGAAUGAUGAAUGAUAUGAAUAUAAGAAAUAUAUUAAAUGCAUGUAAAGUGAUUUAUUAAACUUUUGAAAUAUCAAUUAAGAACUGGAAUGAUGAAUGUUAUGAAUAUAAGAAAUCUAUUAUAUGCUAGUUCAUCACAACUUUAGCUGGAUCUUGCUGCAGAAAGUGCAUCGUGUAGUUCUACAAAUAUCUCGGGUGAGAGGCAGUUUGGCAGAGCGGAUGCAAUGCUUCAUAGGGCCCCUAACAUUUCUGUGGUAAGGUCGAAUCCAAACUGAUGUUUUCAUCAAAUGAUACAGCCUCCUGGCUACAAAAAUUUCCUGUAGAUGAAAGAGAAAACAAAAUAAUGAAUGCAAUGAAAUUGGGAAAAAAGUGAGGCUAGAGGAGCAAAAACAAAAGCAAAUGGUUGUAAAGUUAGUACAGGAGAGGAACAAAAUGAGAAGAAAGGAACUCACAGAAAAGGAAACAAAACAGAGAGACAAACUUGAGACUAGCUCCUUUAAAAAAAGUUCUGUAUGGUGUACUAUGGAUCUGUAAAAAUAUUUUAAAAUUAUGUAAAGUUUCAAGGAUUGAGCAUGCAUAGGAAAUCACGUAAAGGCAAGGAUAUCAAGUCACGAAUAAAAACAAAAAAUGAGGGGGGAAUGGGAAUUACAUUACCCCCCCCCCCCCACCCCGCCUCUCCAAAAAAAAAAAAAAAAACGACUUUAAUAACUUGUCAAAACUCUAUCUAGUAUCAGCUUAUGUUAUUAUCCUUUUUAAUGUUAUUGUUAGGGAUCGAGAGAAAGGAUGAACGCGGGGGGGGGGGGGGGUGCAUUUUUCGGAUUCAUACUUUCAGGCAUCAGUGUACUGAAGGGGAACAUUUAACAUAGGACUAAAAUUGCGGUGGACAGACAAGAAACAAGAAAUGAUGAUUAAAAUGAAAGAAAAAAUUCUCGAUCUCAAAACAACUUGAAAAAAGAAAGAUGCAAAACCAAAUGUUAUCAACUCACUUACAUAUUAUAUUUGAAAUCCAUCCCAAUGGUCUUCCAUGUCGUAAUUGUGCACUGUAAUUCAGAUAAUCUAGUUAAAACAUGUGAAAUUAACUUCAAGUCUCAAAUCAAUCGUCUUGCACACUGUGCCUUGCAAAAAACAACAAAAUACUCCGAUAUAUGCGUAUCAUGAACGCACAUGCAUAUUUAUGAGCGCCGCGAAAAUGACCAAUCUCAUUCACAAAUGAUGCGCACUUACGCUUCGUCACCAUGCCGCGAGAAGCGUUUAUGCGCGAUGUAAAAUCUCCGCCCCGAAUUGGCAAUCCCCGAAUGCGCAUGCGCGGUGGUGAUUGAUACUCGAUGGUCGACAAUUCGUUCGGAAUGGAUAAUACUUAGAAAUCAUUUCUUAAAAAAAUCAUAACUUGAGUUAUUCUUCAUCAUAUGUCUUAAUCAAUGCAUCAUCGUAAUGGGUGACACAUUUUCUUUAUGUUGAGAGAUUAUGUUGAAGAAGAUAUCAUAGACUUUGCUCGUAAGAAUCCACAGAUUGUUCUUUACGUCACUCCACAUAACAAGUUUUCUAAUCCAAGGAUAGUUGCUGAGUUUUUGAAUGGCACCAAGCGAUCUGUUCAGCUGAGCAAACUAGACAGAGAAGAGGUUUCUUCACAGGUUGAACUUUUACGUACUCAGUCAGGAAAUGAGGUGGUUCGAUUGCGCAAGUCUCAGCAUACUGACUUCCCCAGUAUUCAAGGUGCCUGGCAUCCAUUUAUAAACAAACCAACAAACCUGAACAUCACUGAGUUCCCAUCUAAUGAACCUACCUUUGCUCACCCAAAGACAAAGACUUGGGAUGUUCUUGAUAAACAUCAAGUGGAGGAACAUCUUAGGGAAGUUAUCAAACAAAAAGAGUCUGGAUCAUGAAAGCUUCAAUACUAUCUCAAACAUUAAAAAUGCUCUCAGACCUUCUGUUGGAAAAACCUCUGAUGAAACCAUUGAUGACAUUUGUUUGAUUAUGAUUCUUGUAGAUCCUUUCGGAGAAACAUCACAAGAAAGUAUCAUGUUAAGUCAUCUGUUUUGAUUUAUUUAAAGCUUUUGUAUCAAAAUAAAGUGAAACUUUUGAUCUAUUACAUACCACACAAUAGUAAUUUUUCACUUGACAAAAGUUGUUUUUACAAUUUAUUUGUGAUCAAGAUAAUAAAAUGGUAAAGGGUUCAAAAGAUUUUGUUGUGUAAUUGGGUCAAGAUCACACUUUUCACAGGCCAAGCACAUUAACAGCUUGUAAACAAAACACAGUACUCUUUUUGUUCAGAUACCACACACCCACCAAAAAUCAAACAGUUUCCAUGCUAGGGCCUUUUUUUAAGGUCACUCUCUCUCCAUUUGGUUAUUCCUGCUGUUUUGAAACCUUAUUCAGCCAAUCAAUACUUUGAUUUCAGAAAUUUAUCUUUGUGGAAAAAGUGAUUAGCUUGACCCAAUUAAAAGGAACCCUGUACCACAUACAUGUAUUAAGAGUAACAUUCAGCUUAUCAUAUACACUGUGAAUAUUAUUUAGGUUCAAAAUAAAAAGUUUUUGCACAAUCAAGAGAAAACAGGAGAAGAAAAUUAUGUUCAAGGUAUCUUUCCACACACAACUUCACUUAUUUAUCCAAAAAAAAAAAAUAGUUCAUACAAAAAGAAACAUACAAGUGUAACUUUUACUCUUUCCAGUGGUUCAAUGAGUUUAAUUUGACUUUAGAAUGAAGUGGUUAAAUAUUUUUUUGAGAAUAUGUUAUAGAAUUUAACUAGAGAUGCUCGCCGGUUCGCGCGGCCGAGUACAUGUAUCCCCCGAACCCACUGCAUCAUCCAUUAUUGUGAUAUAUAGAGCUCACACAGAAAUUUGACAAAUACAAUUAUCAUGGCAACAAUGACACUGCCCACAUUUUGCCCGUGGGUACCAAAUUUGAUGACAAUAAUAUGAUGCAGCAGCUUGACUCUGCAGAACCUAAAGUAUUGUCCAUUAGCACCUGUUGGGAAUACAAUUAGUAGUACAUCAUGUCUUUAUUAGAGAUCAAGAACCAGGCCCGGCAACCUAUCAGGUUGGCCGGCAGGUUAAAUUAACAUUAUUACAUGAUAGUUAAAGGUCAAGUCCACCUCAGAAAAAUGUUGAUUUAAAUCAAUAGAGAAAAAUCAAACAAGCAUAAUGCUGAAAAUUUCAUCAAAAUGGAUGUAAAAUAAGAAAGUUAUGACAUUUUAAAAGUUAGCUUAUUUUUCACAAAAUAGUUAUAUGCACAAUUUAGUCACAUGCAAAUGAGAGAAUCGAUGAUGUCCCUCACUAUUUCGUUUUUUAUUGUUUGAAUUAUACAAUAUUUCAAUUUUUACAGAUUUGACAGUAAGGAUCAACUUGACUGAACCAUAAAAUGUUAAACAAUGGUAAUUCCACCUGUUCAGGGAGACAUAAAACUUUGUUUCAUAGGACAACGAGGAGAAAAUAAGAAUAUUUCAUGUUUCAUAUAAUAAAAUACAAAAGAAAUAGUGAGUGAGUGAUGUCAUCAGUUCCUUCAUUUGCAUACCGACCGGGAUGUUUAUAUAACUAUCUUGUGAAAUUAAACAAAACUUUAAAAUGUCAUAACUCUCUUAUUUUACAUCCAAUUUUGAUGAAAUUUUCAAUGCUAUGCUUGUUGGAUUUUCCUCUUUUUAUUCAAAUCAUUUUUUUGUUGGGGUGGACUUGUCCUUUAAAUCACAGUACAUUAUACAAUACAAUCAUAAUACAUUAUUAUAUUACUGUUCGAUACAGUAAUAUAAUGAUAAUAACAUUAAAUAUCUAAAAUAUGUUAUAAAUAAAUUAAAACAACGAUGGAAGCAUACACAUGGUACGCAGUAAGAUAGAGAGAGAUAGAAAAAAAAUAGAGGGAAAGUAGAAGUGACAGAGGGGGAGAGCGAGAGAAAAAAACGAAAAUGCAUUAGAUAAAUAGGAUCGAAGAAGAGAGAUUGGAAUAAUACAUCAUGAUACUGUUCAAUACAAUAAUAUACAACAAUGUUAUGGAAUUGUAAAAACAGCAAUAUAUAUAGAUCCGACCAGAGAUUUUGAGCAGUAGGAUAGAAAGAGAGAUAGAAAGAUAUGUACAUAGAGGGAGAGAGAAAAAAAAACAUAAGAAAAAGCAAAAAGAUAAAGAGAAGAAGAGAGAUCGGAAUAAUACAUCAUUUACUGAUCAAUACAAUAUACAACAUUGUCAUGAAAUGGCAAAAAAAUACAAUAUAUGUAGUUGUAGAUCCAAACAGUGGUAACAAUAAAGAUGUGUACAAGUGGCACUGGGGAGGUAGCAUAAAGAGAAAGCGGGAGAGGGAGGGAGAGAGAGACUGAGUUUUUGGUAGAAGUAAGGGGGAGGGAGAGAAUGGAACAAUACUAUCGUAACUUGUAUACGAGCAUGAUCUUGGGUACAAUAUUAACUAAGUCUCUUCCUAAAAUUGCAUGAAUUUAUUGUGGUAUGUUGGGUUGAUAUUAAGCAAUGACAGAUUUGAAUAUGGGUUAAUAUAAUCAGAUUGGUAAAUUAUCUGCUAAGGAACAGUCAAUUUAUUUAACAUUAGGUUAUAUAAAAAUCUAUUAUACUUUCAUGUAUUGGUCAAUCUGCCAUGUUGGCUCACGCUGCCUUGAAAUAUUACGUAAGAAUUAAAAAGAACAGUCUUAA